AUGGACAUAUGCCGCCUUCUCAACGCACUAAGUCCCUCGCCAGGCCGGACCACUACGGCCACCGCUGCUGCUGACGCCAAUGACCCAACAGACGAUGACUACACUGGGGCUACGAUCCCACAACUGCCACCGUCGCCACUCUUUGACUCUGAAAGCCUCCAGCUCCUCAAGGCGGAUCAUCGGGGGCUAUCAUCCAGCCAAGCUACAUCGUCUUUAAGUGCGACCGCGGCCCACGACGGAUGUCACAAAGCUCGGGACUCAGGAAGCCGUCAUCACAGAAGCUUGAUUGUCCCGUCAAAUCACGGCCAAGGCCACCAAAUCGUCUACCAAGAAGUGGACGAGCGAGAGCUAGCCAACGAGAAUGGCAUUAGGGCCCGCGAGAUGGUUAGCAUUGUUAGAAAAGCCGACAGCCCAGGCUAUCACUAUUUUCGCACACGAGAUAUCUACAAUGAUCGUCAAGCCAUCAAACGCGAGCGACUUAACGGCCUUACAGCUACCCAAGCCUUCGUCAAGGAGCUUGAGAGCGGGGGUAUUAGAGUCAGAACCUUGCGCGACGAAGAUGACCGCGUCUGUGCCGUCUUUUGGACUUACGACUGGUGCCGCACAAUGUGGAAGAAGUUUCCGGUGGAGGUUAUAUCACCAGACAAGGAACAGGCUCUCCGCACAGCCCUCAUGAGCACCUUUCCAGGUGCCCAACAGCAGCUAUGCGUAUAUCACAUCUUGGCGAACGUCCGAGCUAAAAUUAACGCUCGCUGGAAGGGCACCGAGGGCGACGAUGAUGACGAUAUUAGUGUUAAGUCUGAUAAUAACCUCCAGCCAGAGCUAGAUCUUGAUGUCACCGCUAGGGGCAGUGUGCAAGACGAGGCAGAGGAGGGGCUUGCGAACCCCUCUGAUGACUACAGCCGUGAGGGGAUGUUCAAAGCCUUCCGAGCUGUGGUCUAUGCCGUUGAUCACGAUAGUUCACUCGUGUCUUUGAACUGGAGGAGACGCUUCGCGAUAUAUAAGUGUAUUGCGUUGGCCAUGCUAUGGUAUAUGUUUUAA